CCUCCCAAACGAAAACCUAAGCCCCCUUCCUAUAUCAAAAAAAAAAGAAAAAGAAAAAAAAACCGAAGCCCCUCUCACUCUCCCACUCCCACCCGCCUCCGAAUCCCCCGGGAGAGAGAGAGGCUCGCAUUUUAUCGCGCCGGAUCAAUCCCCCGCUCCCUCCUCCGCCCAAUUCCAAUCGCGUUUUGGUGAUUUCUUUUUUUUAUUUUUUUUCUGAGGUGCGGUGUUGGGGUUGAAGGUUUGAGUUGUGAUGGCUGGGGAUGCGGGCGAUGGAGGAGGGGAUGGGGAGACCCAGGCAUUGGAGGGAGGGACGACGCCUCCGUUGGGGUCUCCGGUUAGUGAUGAUGGCGAUGCGACGCCGAGCGAGGAUGGCGUGCUGUACGGAGAGACGCAGGCGCUGGAUGAUGCGGAGACGCAGAUGGUUGAUGAUGGAUUGGGGGAAGAGGAGGAUGGUGUGGCUGUUGAUUGGGGAGAGACGCAGUUGGUGGAGGGUAGUGAGGAGGAGGAGGAGGAGGAGGAGUGUGGCGGUGGCAUCGACGAUCAGGAGGACACUCAGUUGGUUGAGGAUAGUGAGGAGAAUGAGGGUGAUGGGGAGGAUGCCGGUGGCGCCUGUGAGGGGGAGGAUGCCGGUGCGGCGGCGGAAUGUGACAACAAUGCCGGUGAUUUGGUUAGGACCCAGUUAGUUGAAGAACACAAGGAGGGAGAGGAUUGCGGGAAUGAUGGUGCUGGUGAUGGGUUGGAGACCCAAUUCGUUGAGGAAUGUCCGGAAGAGGAGGAGAAGGUGAAUAAUAGCAGUGAUGAUGAGGAUGCUGGUGAGUGGGGGAAGACCCAGUUGGUCGAAGACUCAGAUGAAGAGAGAGAUGAUGAUGGAGACGAUGAGUUGAGCGUGGACACUCAAGUUCUAAGUGACGAUGAGGGCCUAUCAAAUGAUGAGAGAGAGGUGAUAUUUGACAUGGGGGGCAGCAAUACCAGGGUAAAGGGUGCAUUGGAGGAUUAUACCAAGAAUUUGGUAGAUUCAGAUGCUUCAACAGAUGAAGAGGGCGACACAGUAUGUGAGGCAUCUGAACAGAAGUGUGAAGCGUUAACUGUGAACAGUUUGCAGCAAGGAAAAGAACAGGAUUCAAUACAUGGAGCACAUCUUCUGAGGAAAGUUGUGGACAAUUCUACCUCGUUUAGCACAUCCUUAGGUGACCACCCAGAUUGCGGGAUUGAUAGUGACUCCCAUGGUUAUGUACAGAACCAUGAUAAAGAUGGAACUAAAAGCAGAAGCAGGUGCUCAACAGCAAAAAAGCUUUUUGCUGAUACAAUAGUUAAAGAGAGUGAAAACAAUGGCAGAUGCUUUGCUGGAUUGAGCUAUAUUGAAUCACAAGAGCCUGGUGAUCUGUCUCAGGCGAAUGCUUUGGAACUUGUGGACAGGUUGAUAUCAAUCAGUGGCAUGUCAUCUCAAGAACCAACUCCCCAGAAAUUGGAUUCAGCAAAGCCACAUGUGUCGAAUAAGAGAGGGACUUUAAUGUUGGCUGAGAAGGUUGACUGUAAUAGAAGUUCUAAUGGAAUGGCAGAAAUCUUUGCAUGGGUAGAUAGCCGCGAGGAUGAUGGCGGAGGUGAGUUUUUCAGUAAAAAUAAGGACAUUUUGCUGCAUAAAUCAGCUGAUAGAGGGAAAUCAAAAAGUCAUUUUCCCAGAGCAAAGAAGCGCCCCACAAAAAUUGAACCUGGCGAAAUCGGGGACUGCAAAAAGUGUAAAAAUACCAAACUAUCUGGGAAGUUUGAAGCUUUACCUUUGUCAGACUUGAUGCUCAGCAGCGAUGUUAAGGGUAAGCGGGCUUCUGCAAAUAGGACUAAGAAAAACCUUUUGAAAGACUUGGACUUAGAUGAUCUAUCAAAUGGCAAGUAUUUGGAAGUACAGCAGGAAAAAGAAAGUGUAGCUUUGCAUGAUGUUGGUCCAGAUACUCAAAUUGCUCUGGAAGCUAUGGAGGCUCUGGCACAAUGUUCACCUGCUAAAAAUUUAUCAGCUAAAGAUAAACCUCAGUUGAGAAAUGGAAAGUCUAAAAAGGCAAAAGGUCAUUCAAAGAACAGCCCUCAGAAGAGAACUGGCAGCAUCCAGGAAGGCGUCACGACACGUUCGAAAAGAAGAAAACUAACUGAGCUGACCCCUGAACCUGAGAAACAAAUGUACAAAGGGUCAAUACUGCAAGGAAAUCCAGGAGAUCUUAAAGCAAAGACAAGAGAUAAGGAGGCAAAGUCAGUACCAGCUAAGAGUAAUGUUUUGAAGAUAUCUCGUGAUGGAGAUAAGUGUCAUGGUGCACCUGUUGCUCGCCGGACAAGGCACUUUUGUAGAAACAACCCUGGCGAACAUACCGAGCUAUGUUCUAAUAAGCACUCAAAGAGAGUCAUGAAUUUGAGAGGUGGCGUCUCCAAAGUUGGAAAAGUUCAAAAUGAUCAUAUUGCAAAUGAACCCGGGCAGCCAAUGAUCAGUGAAAGAACUGCAAAAUCCACUUCUAUCUAUGUUGAAAAAGAAAGCACGGAGCAUACCUGUGCAACUGAUGCUCAGAAUCUGCAGCUGCGUAGGGAUGCAAGCUCACAGCACGCUAGUGAGAAUACUGCACAGGGUUAUGAGCCAUGUAGAAGCAAACCAACAAUUGAAGACGCAUGCAGAGAGAACUCUUCUCACUUUCCCAAACAGAGAAGAACACAAACAACAAUUGUACAGCCAAAAGAUCCUGCAGCUACCCAAAGUGGCACCAAUCAUGAAACACCUCAAGAUGAGCCAAGACCAUCUAAGAAAAGGCGGGUCUUCAUUAGGAGUGUCUCUGACUAUGUUAAGUAUGCAAAGAGAGAACCUUCCAAUGGAAGAUCAACCUCUCUGCUGUCUACUAUUAUCAAAAAGUCGUCGGCUGCUUCUCACAUACUUAAUUCUUCUCUAAGUGCUGAUAGCAAAACUUCUGGUUUUAGUAGCUCUGGAAAUAAACAUAAGGGAUCCCAUGUAGAGGAUGCAAGCAAAUCACCAAGAAGCAACUCUGACAUUCACAGCAGUGUGCUGAAAACGCCUUCAAAAUCAGCCAAUGAAUUGUCACCUAUUUUCAGUCCUCUAAAUCCAUCAAAAUCUUCAAGUAGAAGCUUGUCAAAACCCUCUGUUGGCAGAGAACUGCUGACGUUGGAUCCUGAUAGCAAUCCAUCAAAUUGUCAGCAUAAAGAUUCUAGAAGAAAGAAAAAAAAUACCAAUUUUAGUAUUUUAUUCAGCCACCAUUUGCAUGGAGAUGUGAUAAAGCGUCAAAAGAAGAUCUUGGCGCGCUUGGGAGUGUCCGAAGCACUUUCCAUUCUGGAUGCAACACACUUUGUGGCAGAUAGUUUUUUCCGCACAAAGAAAAUGCUGGAAGCAAUAGCUCUUGGCAAACUAGUAGUUACGUCGAUGUGGCUUGAAAAUUGUGGUCAAGCAGGCUGUUUCAUUGAUGAAAAGAAGUAUAUUCUGAGGGAUGCCAAAAAGGAAAGGGAGAUAGGUUUCAGCAUGCCUACAUCACUUGCCGCAGCUUGCAAGCAUCCUCUGCUGCUGGGAAAACGAGUGUAUGUAACAUUGAACGUGAAGCCAAGUCGAGAGGUGGUGAUUGGCUUGGUGUUAGCAUCUUCUGGGCAGCCAUUAGAAAGGAUCGGAAGGUCCAUAACGAAGGAAGUACCAGAUGACCUACUGGUUAUCUCAUGUGAGGAUGACUACGAAACUUGUUCUCCGCUUUUAAAGAGAGGUGCCAGUGUUUUUGAAUCAGAGCUUCUACUAAACGGCAUAGUUAUUCAGAAGCUGGAGUAUGAGAGGCAUCGUCUUUUCUCGGAUUGUGUCAAACAAACCCGCUCGACCAGGUGGUUGAAAGACACAUCCCAUGGCAGGUUUGUACCUGUCUCCAAGUGUACGUAGCUAAGGGUGGUGCAGCAUAAUACAGAUACCGUAGAUAGUGUUACCUGGACACGGACAAGAAUUGGACACUCGAAAUCCUUCUUGGAAUACAACUUGGACUAAAGGUGCCCCAGUUUGGCAAAAAAAGAAAAGACACGGGUGUCAGUUCUUUCUGUCCCCAGCUUCUCCAACCCAUUGUAAAUUUGCAGCCACGGAUGAUAUCUGCCUUGCGCCUAUCGCUUACUGCUGACCAUGUGGUCAUUUUCAUUUUGGUUUUGAGUCUUCUUUUUUCUUUCCUUUGGUUCAACUCAAGCGCACAUGUAAAUUUGGAACUUGUGUGUGUUUAAUAAUAUGUGCUAAGUUCCCCUUGUAAUCCUCUGUUUUACACCAAUGAUUCGCCGCUUGUAUCUCUGGUUGAACUGUUCUUGAAAAAUAGGAGCAAGUUGUCUGUGAGCUUAAUGUAGUAGUAGCAAAUGUCUAUGCAACUAACCUGCUUGUCGUAAGCUUAAUGUUUGCUGGUAAAAGGAAAAAGAGAAUUUAUCGUCUUGUUUUAAUCAUGAUGUUAUCCUUGCCAGUGAGGUGUGAGAAUGCUUAAGAAUUCACUACAGAUUAUAGAAUGCAAUGCUAUAGAAGUCUGAAGGAAACAAAAGAAAUGUGAGAGAUAUAUUUAUGGCGGAAUUGUUCUCCCAAUAAUUUGAGCCAAGAUACGCCGACCAAAUCACCCAAAUUUCUUAUAUGCCACCGGAAACUUAUUAAAAAUCUCAUUGACAUGUAGGCCCACACACCCAUGGCAAAAAAAAAUUUGGGAAAAUUGGAUAAGUUUUAGGAAAAAGAAAAGAAAAGGAAAAAAAAAUUGAAAACUCUGGGCGCAAGCCGCGGGGACUCCGCGGCUAGGGUUAGGGAGGAGGGGGAGGUCCUCCGCCACCCGCCGCCGCCGCCGCCGCCGGCCGCCGCUGCCGGCCGCCGCCACCGCCCCUCCGCAACUCAUCGGACGGCUGAACGCUCGAUCAUCUCCGCCGAUCUCCGCCGAUCUCCGCCGCCUUCUCCCGUGCACAGAGGGUAGGGUCGGGGGGAAGAAGGGGGAGGUCCUCCGCCACCCGGUCGCCGCCGCCGCCACCGCCCUCCGCAACUCAUCGGACGGGUGAACGCUCGAUCAUCGCCGCCGAUCUCCGCCGCCUUCUCGCGUGCACAGAGGGUUCUGCGGCUAGGGUCGGGGGGAAGAAGGGGGAGGUCCUCCGCCGCCCACCUCUCCAACGCCUGAAGGGGGAGUGUGCUCCGCCACCGCAGCCCCCGGAAAUCCGCAGCUCCGGCCACGCCACCGCAUCGCCCCCCCGCCUCCGCCCCUAAUCCCACGGCCAGCAUCCUCACUGCUCGUCCUCCACCACGGCCAUCGCGCGUGGCGUCUGCAGUUCGGCUGUCUUGUUUUCUCUGUCGCCGCCCCAGGCCCCCAGUUUGCUUGUUGCUGUCGAGACAUCACCAGUUCGACUGUUGCUUCGCCUGAAGGCUCCAUGGCUGACCAUCCUCCCACAGUGUUCUUAAAUGAGCUGGAGAAAUGGGUGUCCGUCAAAAGUAGAGAAUCAAUCUUGUCUGUCAGGUUUAAACCCCAUGCUGCAGAAGUCAAGCGUACUCUGGAUGCCCUGGAGGUUGUACCUGCUCUGAAGAGAAUUGAACGGAGCAAGGUGGUAGGGUAUGCGACUUGCUCUGUCGUAGCUGAGAAUGGGAAUUCACUUUACCUCUUAACAUGUGCGCACACGAUUGAUCAUGUUUACACAGCAACCAAAGAGAUCUCCGUUCAGGACAUCAACCGCUUGUUCGAUACUGAAGUGGUCUGCGAUCACCAACAAAACAACGGUUUGGGCGGAGAAAGAAAAUUUACUGAAGCCAUUGUCACCCGUGUGGAUUGCAAGAAGGAUAUCUUGUUGGUUCUCGUGGACAAAUCAAAACUCCUAAAUCUGAAAGGGAAGCAAUGCAGAUUCCAACAUCCUCCAUUGGUUGCAAGCCAGAACUUGCCGUGCUCGCUAGAGUAAGUGGUGAUGAUCUCGUGGCCGCCUUGUAUGAACAGGGCAACAUCUGUAGGGCGCAUAUCACAUCCUUCCAGACACUAUGACGAUGUCAGUAACACCAAUGAGUAUGGCUAUAAUAUGAAUUUAAUUGAGGUGGAUAUGAUGGUAGCAGAGGGUAGCUCAGGAGCACCGUUGCUUAAUUGCAGAGCCAAUUUUGUUGGUCUACUUCAAGGAGGUGGUAAGGAAUGUUUUUCAUGCUUUGUUUCACUUUCUGAUAUAUGUAAGAAGCUAACUGAGUGGGGAAUUUUUCCUCGAGAGAAGGUGAUUCAACAAAAGAAAUCACAGAAGUGACAACUGAUUCAUCAUUGAAGCACUUGGAUAGUAGAGCAAACGUCCAAUUGAAUUUUGUUUCAGAUGUUUUUACUCGUUGACACUGUAGCACAGAUUCUGUUUAAAGUUUUGCAUGGUUUGGUGACCCUCCACCAUGUUGUGAUAUUGAUUGUUCUGCAGUUUUGCUAUUUGUCUA